ACAACUUAAAUAAAAUUUAAUAACAAAAUAUAUACAAAAUUAAUAGUUUAAUAUUCGAUUUCGACUAUACUUGUUUAAACUUAAACCUUUGCAUCAUAUUAGUUUGUCUAUACACAUAUGCUUUGGGUUCUUUAUCUUAUAUCUUAUUUCAUAGUGGGGACCGACUGCUCAAGAUUCUCGCUGGUAUAUCUUAUUUCAUAGUGGUUCUUUAUCUUAUAUCUUGUCAUUGAUCAUUAAUUAAUUAGUUAAAUAUUAUAAUUUUACUUUGUGAUCAGAUUAAAAAUAUAACAAAAAUCAUGCCCAAUAUUGCUCAUAUAUGGUAUAUCUCCGCUAAUUUAAUUUCAUACCAAUUUGUAUCGCCUUUUAACCAAAUCCAGAUAUGUCCGGCGACAACCACAUACAGGUUGCAGCCCUCCCGGCGGCGGAGGUUGUAGUAGUAAUGGUGCCGUUCGUGGCACAAGGUCACCUGAACCAGCUCCUCCACCUCUCCCGUCUCGUCUCCGCCUACAACAUCCCCGUGCACGUCGUCAGCACCACUCAUCACAUCGGCCAAGUCCGCUCCCGCCACCAUAGUUUCGACCAACUUUCCGACGACGUCUCCACCCACAUCCACUUCCAUGCAUUCCCAACCCCUCCCUUCAUUACCCCUCCUCCACACACUUCCAUCCCUUUCCCUACCCACCUUCAACCCUCCUUCGACUCCACCCUCCAUCUCCGCCACCCUGUCGCCGACCUCAUACGUUCUCUCUCACAAAUAGUUAAGAGAGUCGCCGUCAUCCACGACGUUCUCAUGUCUUACGUCGUUCAAGACGUGAAGUCGAUACCCAACGCUGAGACUUACGUCUUCCAACCGCCGCCGGCUUUCUACCGAGCCUCCACCCACUGGGAGAAAACCGGCGGACCAUUCCCGGUUGACCUGGAUCUGAUGAAUAGGCUCCCUUCUCGCGACGGAAUAUCCAGCCCGGAAUUUCUGAAUUUCGUGAUGCUUCAACAACCCCACCUCAACUUUCACGUAGGAGAAUUAUACGAUUCAUCGAGAGUGAUUGAAGGCAAAUUCAUCGAAUAUCUAAAGAGUGAAGAGAUCUCCGGGAAAACGAAGAUAUGGGCUGUCGGACCAUUUAAUCCAGUACUCGAUAUGGUAAACGUGAAAGCUUCAAAAAAUCGCCAUGAAUGCUUGCAAUGGCUAGAUAAGCAACCUGCUAAUUCCGUUAUCUACGUAUCUUUUGGGACGACGACCACCUUUACAGCCGACCAGAUCAGAGAACUGGCCAUCGGGUUGGAAAGAAGCGGUGAAAGGUUCAUUUGGGUGGUUCGACCUGUAGACAUGGGUGUCGAAGAGCAUGGGUUGGUGGAGUUGCCGGAGGGGUUUGAAGAGAGAGUGAAGGGGAGAGGAGUGGUGGAGCGGCGGUGGGCACCGCAGUUGGAGAUUCUGGGUCAUGUUGCCACCGGGGGUUUCAUGACUCACUGUGGUUGGAAUUCGAGCAUUGAGAGCAUAUCCAUGGGAGUUCCGAUGGCCACGUGGCCGAUGCAUUCUGAUCAGCCAAGAAAUGGGUUUUUGAUGACGGAGGUUCUUGGAAUUGGUGUGGCGAUGAAGGAUUGGGAACGUAGAAAGGAGCUGGUGACGGCGGAGGUGGUGGAAGACGCUGUUAAGACGUUACUGGGUUCCAAGGAAGGAGAGGAGAUGCGGCGGAGAGUAGAGAAAUUGGCCGGCGAGGUCAAGAAAUCGGUGGAGAAAGGUGGUGCGAGUCGUAAAGAGAUGGACUCUUUCAUUUCUUACAUUCUUCGUUGAUAACAGAAAAUAUCUAUUAAUUUCUUACAAUCAGUUUAUUUACACUUAUCCAUCUGUAUUGACUCAUUAAAUGAUUUUUUUUAGAUUGAUAUUUUUUGUUCACAGCCCAAACUUUAAACAUUGGUGAUUUAAUAGACUUCAUUUAACUCCAAUAAAUGUGUUCUAAGUCCAAU